CAACACUAAAGAGCUGAGCAAGAAAGACGAAAUAAUUAAAUAAUAGAUUAUUAGGGAUAAAUAACGAUUGUUUUGUGUUUUCAAAUAAAUCGUUAGGCAACGAAAUUAACGACCACAACGCCCCCAGUAGAGACUGAGUGCAAACCCAUUGCCAGAAACCAGAACAAGACCAGCAUUACAACAACAUCAUCAGCAGCAGCAUAUUAGAAAACCGACUGCAAUGCCACUCUUUGGGAAAGCACAAAAGACGCCUGCUGAACUGGUGAAAUCGCUAAAGGAAGCGAUAAAUGCGCUAGAAACUGGUGGUGACCGCAAGGUAGAAAAGGCACAGGAGGAUGUCAGCAAGAAUUUGGUUUCAAUUAAGAACAUGCUGUACGGCACCAGCGAUUCUGAACCACCAGCGGAUUAUGUGGUCGCGCAGCUAUCCCAGGAGCUGUACAACAGCAAUCUAUUGCUACUGCUCAUACAGAAUCUGCAUCGCAUAGACUUCGAAGGUAAAAAGCAUGUGGCGCUGAUAUUUAACAAUGUGCUGCGCCGACAAAUUGGCACACGAUCACCCACAGUGGAGUAUAUAUGCACGAAGCCGGAAAUACUGUUUACAUUGAUGGGCGGAUACGAGGAUGCGCAUCCGGAAAUUGCCCUCAAUUCUGGAACAAUGCUGCGUGAAUGCGCACGAUACGAAGCAUUGGCAAAAAUCAUGCUCCAUUCGGAGGAGUUUUUCAAGUUCUUCCGCUACGUGGAGGUGUCCACUUUUGACAUCGCCUCCGAUGCCUUUUCUACCUUUAAGGAGCUCCUGACACGCCACAAGCUGCUGUGUGCGGAAUUCCUGGAGGCCAACUAUGACAAGUUCUUUACGCAACACUACCAACGUUUGUUGAACUCGGACAACUAUGUGACCCGACGUCAGAGUCUUAAACUACUCGGCGAGCUGUUGCUGGACCGGCACAACUUUACGGUGAUGACACGGUAUAUAUCAGAGCCGGAGAACUUGAAACUGAUGAUGAAUAUGCUCAAGGAGAAGUCACGCAACAUACAAUUCGAGGCGUUUCAUGUCUUCAAAGUGUUUGUCGCGAAUCCCAACAAACCGAAACCCAUUCUGGACAUCCUGCUGCGCAACCAAACGAAACUGGUCGAUUUUCUCACCAAUUUCCAUACGGAUCGCUCCGAGGACGAGCAAUUCAAUGACGAGAAGGCGUAUCUGAUCAAGCAGAUAAAGGAGUUGAAGCCACUACCUGAGGCUUAGUGGGUGGCCAAAGCGGGUAACAGUGAUGGGGGUGGCGACAGAGGAAGCAGAAGCAGAAGAACGAGUAUUGGCUGAAUGAGACGACGAAUCGUUGGGAUGGUUGGUUGGUUAAGAAUGGUAUUGUUUAACGAACGACAACGGACGUGUGAAUAAUAUGUGUGUGGGCGUGUUCUCUUCACCUAAGGGCAAAGCAAAUGCAAAUAUAUUUUGUGACAGCAGAAGACUCAGCAGACAACGUUAACGACGACAGCAAGACAGCGAGACAGCGACGACAAUGGCGACGACGAUGACGACAACAUUUGUGAGUAACUAAACAAUAAUUUAGACAAAGCAAACAAAAUGAUAACGAUAAAUAACGAUAAAGCAAAACAAAAUAUUAUAUGUGUAAUAGAGUAAAGGGGAAGACAUAGCAUGUUGCGAAUUUAACUAAAAAGAAAACUAAAAAACAACGUACAUACACACACUAAAGUUUAAUUUUUUUUUGUAAAAUCAGUUUAUACAUCUGUGUGUAGGCAAAUGACCUCUCACCUCCCCCCACUGGCAGUACAACCCAAACACUAAACUCCAUCACUCCAACGCCUAGUUAGCUUUCAAUUAUUUUCCUCGUUUGCUUUUCGACACACUGUUAUCACUACUAUUUUUCAUUUGGUUUUUCUAUUAAAAUAGUUAUUGUAAUCAAAUUUAGCGUUUUUGAAACGGCCCCCAGACAAUGAAAAUUAAACAAAUAAUAAAUUAAAA